CUUUUAGUUUAGUCAAUAGAAAGUUGAAGAAGAUCAAAGAAGAUAGAUGAGUUACUGCUUGUGGUGAGCAAAUCCUGUCAGAAGAGAAGACACCAGCCCCAUCACUGUCCUGGGACUCAACGUCUGGACGACUGGUGCCGUUUACUUCUUCCUCCAGGAAAUAGAAAUAGGAAAUGAGGAUUGUGGGUCUAACUGGGGGGAUUGCUUCAGGGAAGAGUACUGUCUCUAAUCUUUUUAAGGCGAAAGGAAUUCCUAUUGUAGAUGCAGACCUUGUAGCUCGUGAUGUGCUGAAGAAAGGUACCGGUGGUUGGAAAAGGGUUGUGGCAGCAUUUGGGCCAGACAUUUUACAAGAGAAUGGAGAAGUUGACAGGGCACAUUUAGGGCAAAUUGUAUUCUCUGAUCCUGACAAGCGUCAACUUCUUAAUCGGUUGUUGGCUCCAUUCAUUUCCUAUGGCAUCUUCUGGGAGGUCUUUAAGUUAUGGAUCAAGGGAUGUAAGGUCAUAGUUCUUGACAUCCCUCUGCUGUUUGAGGCUAAGAGGAUGGAUCGGUGGUCAAAGCCCAUUAUCGUGGUAUGGGUUGAUCCUGAGACACAGCUCCAACGACUCAUGACUAGAGAUGGAAUAUCUGAGCAGCAGGCUAGAAACAGGAUCAAUGCCCAGAUGUCUCUGGAUUGGAAAAAGACACAAGCGAACAUAGUGAUAGAUAAUUCAGGGUCGCAUGAAGAAAUGAAGCAACAGUUUUCGCAGGUUUUUGCUCAGGUCACUGGGCCCUUAACAUGGACUGAAUUUGCGCUUUCCGGACAUGGUGCAUUGUUGACUCUUGUUUCUGUAGUUGUGGCUGUUGUUGCUUGCAGGAACCUAUUUAACAAUGAUGGGACAAAGCAAUAGUGACAAUCCUCUUGUAUAAUUAGUGCUUAGGUGGAAUAAAAUGGAAGUAUGAAAAACAUCAUUAUUUGACUUAUAUAUUUGUUUGAAACCUGUUAAUGUCUCCUGUAAUGUGUUCACUGACUAUUAUUCUCAAGUUGGAAAAGGUGGUCAGUAGGGAUGUUGAAAACACAUUUCAGGUUUAUGCCAUCAAAUAUGUUUUGUAUUUGAGAAACA